AUGAGCGAAGAAGGCGACGCGGGCUGCAAUUCGGUCAUUGGCGAUGACUACAACUAUCACCAGCUACGGAUAGCCUCCAUUUUCAUCAUCAUGGCAUCUUCUGGUAUUGGCGCCUUUUUCCCUCUCAUUGCCAAACGCACGCUCCGCUUGCCAGCCUCGGUCUACGAUUUUGCCAAAUACUUUGGUUCUGGUGUCAUUAUCGCCACGGCGUUUAUUCAUCUCCUCACCCCCGGAUUCGAAGCAUUGGGUUCGCCCUGCCUACACGGCAUUUGGACCGUCUACCCCUGGCCAGCUGCCAUCUCAAUGGCCUCUGUCUUUUUCAUCUUUUUCAUCGAGCUCUUUGCCUUUCGAUGGGGAACCGCCCGUCUCAAGGCCCAAGCAGAUGCGCCAGGAAUCAUCAAUUCGGUCAAUGCCUACGACGCCCAUGGACACGCUCAUGGCGGUGAGGGUAUGCAUGCCGCCCAUGGUCCAGAGCCUGAACUCGCCUCGGGUGUGCAAAUGAGCGGCGUGCACCAGCAUGGAGAUAACAAAGUACGACCGGCGGUUGAAAAGGUACAGCCGACGCACCAACAUUCUCAUGCGCACCAAAUCUCCCUCCUCGACCAUCCACUCGCCCAAGCAAUCUCCAUUCUCAUCCUCGAAUUCGGCGUCCUCUUUCACUCGUUUAUCAUCGGCAUGACCCUCGCCGUCUCCACGGAAUUCAUCGUCAUCCUCGUCGUCUUGACCUUUCACCAACUCUUCGAAGGCCUCGGUCUCGGUACCCGACUCGCACACCUCCAGUGGUUUGAACGUCGUGCACCACGAGCGAAAUCAAGCGAUGUGGAAGAAGGAUCGAGCAGAGGCUCCGAAGAUGAACAUAUCAUCCACCCAAAGCUCCCGUUCAUCUGGGCCGUUUUCCCCUGGAUCGGCGCGGGCGUCUACUCUCUCUCAACACCACUUGGUAUCGCUAUCGGUCUCGCGGUAAAGGCGACGUAUGCGCCCGAGAGCGCUACGGCCAGCAUCGUCUCUGGUGUCUUUGAUUCGUUUAGCAGUGGUAUCCUACUCUACACCGGUCUCGUCGAGUUGCUUGCGCAUGAAUUCUUGUUUAGCAAGACGAUGCGCGAAAAGCCCACGGGCGAGGUCGUCUAUGCGGGUGCAUGCGUCGUCCUCGGCGCUGGACUCAUGGCUCUACUUGGAAGAUGGGCAUGA